AUGUCUGAUAUUACUGAAAAAACUGUUGAACAAUUGGAACAACUAAAGAUCAACGACGAUCAAGAAACUGCCCCAACCUCUACUUCCUCUGAGGAACAAGGUGACAAGACCGCCCAAACCUCUUUGUAUGUUGGUGAUUUGGAUCCAUCUGUAACUGAAGCUUUGUUAUACGACAUCUUCUCUCCAAUCGGUUCUGUCACUUCUAUCCGUGUCUGUCGUGAUGCCAUUACCAAGACUUCUCUAGGUUACGCUUACGUUAACUUCAACGAACAUGAAGCUGGUGCCACUGCCAUUGAAAAGUUGAACUACACUCCAAUUAAAGGUAGACUAUGUAGAAUUAUGUGGUCCCAACGUGACCCUGCUCUAAGAAAGAAGGGUAACGGUAAUAUUUUCAUCAAAAACUUGAAUGAAGAUAUUGACAACAAGGCUCUAUACGACACCUUCUCUGUCUUCGGUAACAUCUUAUCUUCCAAGAUUGCCACUGAUGAAAAUGGUCAAUCUAAGGGUUUUGGUUUCGUUCAUUUCGAAGAGGAAGUUGCCGCCAAGGAAGCUAUUGAUGCUCUUAACGGUAUGCUAUUAAACGGUAAAGAAAUUUACGUUGCCACUCAUUUGUCCAGAAAGGAACGUGAUUCUCAAUUAGAAGAAAGCAGAGCUAACUUUUCCAACAUUUACGUUAAGAAUAUCGACCCAGAAACUACUGACAAGGAAUUCGAAGACUUAUUUUCCAAGUACGGUGAAACCACUUCCAUUGCUCUAGAAAAGACCCCAGAAGGUACUUUGAAGGGUUUCGGUUUCGUUAAUUACGUUAACCACGAAGAUGCUGCCAAGGCUGUCGAAGAAUUGGAUGAUCUUGAUUUCAAGGGUCAAAAGCUAUACGUUGGUCGUGCUCAAAAGAAGUUCGAACGUAUGCAAGCUCUAAAGAAGCAAUACGAAGCUACUAGACAAGAAAAGAUGGCUAAGUACCAAGGUGUUAACCUGUUUGUCAAGAACCUUGAUGACUCAAUUGAUGAUGAAAAAUUAAAGGAAGAAUUCGUCCCAUUCGGUACUAUCACCUCCGCUAAGGUUAUGACUACCGAAAACGGAAAAUCUAAGGGUUUCGGUUUCGUUUGUUUCUCUAGUCCAGAAGAAGCUACUAAGGCUAUCACUGAAAAGAACCAACAAAUUGUUGCUGGUAAACCACUAUAUGUUGCCAUUGCUCAAAGAAAGGAUGUUAGACGCAACCAACUAGCUCAACAAAUCCAAGCUAGAAACCAAAUGAGAUACCAACAAGCUACUGCUGCCGCUGCCGCUGCCGCCGCUGGUAUUCCAGGUCAAUUCAUGCCACCAAUGUUCUACGGUGUUAUGCCACCAAGAGGUGUUCCAUUCAACGGUCCAAACCCACAACAAAUGAACGGUGUUCCACCACAACAAUUCAGAAACGGUCCAAUGUACGGUAUGCCACCACAAGGUGCUCCACAAGGUGGUUUCCCAAGAAAUGGUGCUAACUCAAACCAAUUCUAUCAACAAAAGCAAAGACAAGCUCUAGGUGAACAACUAUAUAAGAAGAUCUCUGCCAAGACUUCCGAUGAAGAAGCUGCUGGUAAGAUUACUGGUAUGAUCCUUGACUUACCUCCACAAGAAGUUGUUUCUUUGUUGGAAAACGAUGAAUUGUUCGAGCAACAUUUCACCGAAGCUUCUGCUGCUUACGAAUCUUUCAAGCAAGAACAACAACAAGCUCCACAAACUGAAGAAGCUGCACCAGCUGCUGAACCAGAACAAUCUGCUUAA